UUGUCAUCCUCUUUUCAUGUGUAGCCUCUGGCAGUGUCCCGGGUCCCGCUGUUCCUUUCCUACUUAAUGGAAAAGAUGCAUUCCCAAGUCCCGGGCAGCCUCGUCCUUUGGUACGAUAGUGUGAUCCAUACUGGAGAACUGCGAUGGCAAAAUGAACUUAAUGAUGAAAACAGACAGUUCUUUGACGCUUGUGAUGGAAUUUUCACAAACUACAACUGGAAGGAGGAGCAUUUACAGCGUAUGGCGGUGGAGCCGCGCAGGACGGACGUCUACGUUGGAGUGGACAUCUUUGGUCGGGGAGAUGUUGUAGGAGGGCAGUUUGAAACCUUCAAGUCCCUGCAGAUGAUCCGUCAGUAUGGCUUCUCGGCCGCGCUCUUUGCUCCUGGCUGGGUCUACGAAUGUUUCAACAAGGAACAGUUCCUGGAGAACCAGCACAGGUUUUGGUCUCUUUUGGAAAAUUACCUAUACAUCCACAGUCUCUGCACCCUUCCUAUAUGUUCCUCAUUUUGUCUUGGAUAUGGGGAAGAUGAGAUUUUUCUUGGGGAGAGGCGGAAGAUAUUGGGCCCUGGUUUAAUUUAAGUGCUCAGGAGUUACAGCCCAUCUUCUCUGCGGUAGAGCUGAAUGAAGACAGCAGUUAUGUCAAGACUCGGGUUUGCCCACAGGAAGCCUGGAAUGGAGGCAAUUCUCUCUUGGUGGAAGGAAAUCUAUCAGCUACCACCAAUGGUGUUUCUUUGAAAUUGUUCUCUCUUCAUGUUCCCGCCCCGGAGAAGCUCUUGCUGUCCAUGGUAUACAGGUUGGAAGGGUCACCCAAUAUUGCUGUGUCACUGGAGCUCACCACCCAAGACGCUCCAUUGUGCAACGUGGAGAGUGUCUCCGAACUGACCGUACAGCAUCAAACGCACACCCCGACAUCCCUCCAAGAUCCGCCUUCCUUUCUUACAGACCUUCAGCAUGGCAAAUCAUCCGGAUGGGUAAAAAGAUAUUAUGAGGUGCAGCUCAGCGGAUGUUUCCUGACCAGUCUGUCUGUACAUUUUUCCAAUCUGAUGCCAGAUAAAGAAGAGCAAAACUUUGUAUGUCGCAUCGGAGAAAUAAGGGCUCUCGAUGUUUCUCUACCUCUGCUUCCUCCUGUGCUGCCUACUGACCUCUCUCUGUCCCAUGUUCUAUGGCGUAGGGAUGAACAGUCCAAUCAACUGUUUGUCAGCCUAACCCUUCACUGGAGCCAUAGCAUGGACAAUAUUCGCCACUUUCGAAUCUACUGCCGUGGUGUCACCUGCCAUCGAACACCAGACUCUCAGACUCACCUUCUUGGACUGUCAUACGCUUGCAUAUACCGCGUAGUUGACCUGGCGGUACCUGAUCCAUGCCCACCGGCCCCAGGCAGGUUGGAGUUUACGGUACAGCCGGUUAAUAAGGACGUGAUUGAAAUCUUGCCUCCAGAAUGGGGCCAGUUGGUUUUAGAAUUUGUGGAGCAGACACAAACCGAGGUCUGA